GCACACACACGCACCCGGCGGGCACACACACGCGUACACACACACACACGUACACACACGCGUGUGCACACGUUAGGGUGACACGCAGGCGCGUUUGUCCGUGUGCAGCAGACUCUCCUAACCCCCGCAGGACGGACGGACGGGCGGGCAGGCGACAACAAUGAACGUGGAACAUGAAAUUGAUCUCUUGGUUGAGGAAAUCCGUCGUCUUGGGAAAAGAGGUGCGGAUGGGAAGCUGAGUGUGAAGUUUGGGGUGCUCUUUCUUGAUGAUAGAUGUGCCAACCUCUUUGAAGCCCUUGUGGGAACCCUCAAAGCUGCAAAGCGCAGGAAGAUUGUUACUUACCAAGGCGAGCUGCUCUUACAAGGUGUUCAUGACAACACCGACAUUGUACUGCUGCAGGAUUGAUGUGGUUUGUCUAGCCCGUGCAUAUUAACGAUUUCGUUUUGGGGCAAACUACAUAAAGGAUUCUCAAGUUGGGGGGGAAAAAGCCCUAUUAAAGUGUUUCAUGUAUUUUUCUAUACCUUGAUAAUCAAAAGAAGAUCUCAUAUUUUGGAAAACAAUCCUUUUUAUACUUCAUGAAUUAAAAUUGAGUAGAUUAUAGUGUAGGUUACAAGAACUGUUAUUUUCUCAGGAAGACAUUUUGAAAAGGAAAAUUUGUCUUGUUUUACAAAGCCACUUAAAAAAAAAUGUAUCUCAAGAUUAUCGCCAUCAUGCAAAGAUGAGGUAUAAUGGUAAUUUAUCUGUUGACUAGAACCGUACAGUGAAUAUGUAAUAAAGCCAUGUGACUGUGUUUAUAA